UUUACCAAUGUUAGCUAGCUUGGUCUAUUAAUAAUUAGAACAAUACACACCUUAGGGCAACGACUUAUCAUAUGUUACACAGUUGUGGUUUAAUGACUUUAAUCUACUAACUAGGUUUACCAAUUGGUUGUUGGUGCAGUGGUGAUUGAGGCUGCACUUGAUUGGGAGGAUCACGUGCUCGAUCCCCCGCAACAACAAUUGGAUAGGUCUAGAACUUAACUACCCAUAACUGAGCCCCGAAUCCGUAUUAGCUCAAAGGAUGAAUUGAAAAAAAAAAAAUCUACUAAUCAGGUUUAGACCAAUCAUCAUCUAAAAACUUGAUUUGAAGGCCAAAAACAUCAUUUGUUGCACCCACAAAGCUUUAAUGCUUGCUCUUAACCAACCUUGCGUAAGGCAAUUGCUUCUUCUUCCCUUCCCUCCAAAUUUGAAAUUUUUCCAGAAAACGCAGAAUUACCACCCUUUUUCUACUCUGUCUUCUCUCUUAAACCUCUGCGAUAAACCCCAACUUCUCAAACAAUUCCAUGCUAGGUUAAUCCUCCAUGGCCAUCACCAAAACCUUUCUCUCACCUCUAAUCUUAUUGAAUCCUAUGCUAAUUUGGGUCUCAAUAGCCUCUGUUUUCAUGUUUUUAAUUCAAUUUCUAAUCCAAGUUGGGAAAUUUACAACAGGGUUCUUCGAAUUCUUGCAAAAUCUGGUGAAUUUAAGGAAACCCUAUUGUUAUAUGAUAAAAUGGUUUCAAAUUCUAUGUACCCGGAUGAAUUUUCAUACCCAUUUGUUUUGAGGUCUUGUAAGCAUGUUUUGGAUGGUGAUUAUGGUAGAAGGGUUCAUGGGCAUUUGGUGAAACUUGGAUUUGAUGUAAAUGAGGGAUUGAGGGUGGGUUUAGCUGAGUUUUAUGGCGAACUUGGCGAGUUUGAGAAUGCACGUCAAAUGUUUGAUGAAAUGCCUGUUAGAAGGCUGGAUUACUGGAAUUCUCUGAUUGUGGAGAGUUUACAAAAUGGGAAUGUUAGGGAGAUUUUUGGGGUGUUUAGGCAGAUGAUAAAGGAAAAUAUUUGGCCGAAUUCAGUUUGUUUGGUCAAUUUGCUGAGAGCUAGUACAGAACUGAACUCUUUGAAAAUAGGGGUAUUGGUUCAUGGUCUAAUUGUUGUUAGUGGCCUUAGUGAAGAUGUAUCUGUGUGCACUGCAUUGAUAACUAUGUACUCUAGAAUAGGUAACUUAAAGAAUGCGUAUUUGGUGUUUAAGAUGAUGCCUGAUAAGGAUCGUGUCGUGUGGAACUUGAUGAUUUCAGCAUAUUUUCGGAGUGGGCAACCUAGAAAAUCCCUGGAGUUAUUGGUGAAAAUGUCUAAUGAAGGGAUAAGAAUGGACCUAUACACUGCACUUGCAGCCAUACUGUCAACUGGUGAGUUGAAAUUGCUUGAAUGGGGGAAGCAAAUCCAUGCUCAUGGCAUCAGAAAUGGCUUAAAUCAUCAGGUUUCAGUUCAGAAUUCUUUGAUAGAUAUGUAUAGUAAAUGUGAUAGUGUGGAAGCUGCCAGAAAGGUUUUCAACUUGGUGAUAGAGAAGACUGAGGUUUCAUGGAGUUCCAUGAUUAAAGGAUUUGUUAUUCAUGAACGAUAUUUUGAUGCCCUAUCUCUAUUUGCCAGAAUGAAAUGUGAUGGAUUUUUGGUUGAUUCUGCUGCAAUUGUGAGCAUCUUGCCUGCUUGUGUGAAUGCUGGUGCAUUGGAGCAGUUGAAAUAUAUUCACGGGUGCACCAUCAAGUAUGGUCUGCUCUCUAUACCUUCUGUAAAUACAGAAUUACUGGCAAGUUAUGCUAAAUGUGGGUGCAUAGACAUGGCGAGAAGGCUGUUUAAUGAGGAAGAGAUUGAUAAUAAGGAUACGAUUACUUGGAAUUCGUUAAUAAGUGCAUAUUCUAAACAUGGAGAGUGGCAACAAUGCUUUGAUCUUUAUGAGCAGAUGAAGCGGUCAUAUUUCAGACCAGACUCAAUAACAUUUCUUGGAUUACUAACAGCUUGUGUUAAUUCUGGUCAUGUUAAUGAAGGGUGGAAAAUAUUUAAGGAAAUGACAGAAACCUUUGGUUUCCAACCUAGUCAAGAACACUAUGCUUGUAUGGUGGAUCUGUUGGGUAAGGCAGGGCAUAUUGAUAAAGCUAAAGAGCUAAUAAACUCGAUGCCCAUUAAAGCAGAUGCCCGUGUAUGGGGUCCGUUGUUAAGUGCUUGUAAAAUGCACUCAGAGACCGAAGUUGCUGAGUUGGCUGCUGAGAAACUGAUUGAAAUUGAACCAACAAAUGCAGGGAACUAUGUACUGAUGUCUAACAUAUAUGCUGCAUCCGGAAAGUGGGACAAAGUAGCAAAGAUGAGAAGUUUUCUGAAAAAUAAAGGUCUGAAGAAGACUCCUGGCUGUAGUUGGCUGGAGGUUAAUGGAAAAGUGCACGAGUUCCGAGUUGCUGAUAGAUCUCACCCUAGAUCAAAUGAGAUAUAUAAAGCUUUGCAGUAUAUAGAGCUCGAAAUCGAGGACAAUAUAAAGGCAAGCCUACCAAAGCCAUAGUUUAUUGAAGAUAUUGAACAUUAGACAAGAGUAAAAAGGCUUUCCUUAACACUAUUUUAUGGAAGAACUCUUGUCCAAUCUCCAGGAUUAAAUGUUUUAAUUCUAAUAAUUCUAUCAUUGUUCAUUUUGUAUGCGAGUUGGGAGCAAUGUAUAGAGCGAAUAACAAGUGUUAACAAGACAGAAAUCAAAUCCAAAUGAAUAAUUUGUUGCAAUGACUGGACUUCAUGCCCGUCUGUUCUUGUUAUACCAUUUGUUGAGCAAUUGAACAUUAUGUACAAAAAGACUAGCAUUCCACAAUGUUGCAAGGUGUGAAAUGUAUCAUUUAUAUCAAAGUUUCUUAAAGGCACCAUUCCUUGUAAAAGCCAGAACAAAAACUUAUUCUUAUUUUCUUGCCAUUCCUAAAUUUCAAAUCGCAAAUUAAACAUAAGAUUGUGCAUAAUCUACAGAACUAUCUAAGUGUUGCACAAAAAGUUGCACAAGAUAUAGUUAGGACGCAUCUGGGAGUAGUGCUCACGGGUGAUGCAAAACUGCAAAAGAUAAGUCAUACGAUAAAGAAUCCCUCUUCCCCUUUGGACAGUCGAAAUAUCAUAUGGGAGCACAUACUUUCGAGAGUACCUUACAGGUCCUUCUAGCAAGGCAGGUUCACUAC